GUAUCAGAUUAAAAUUCUUCUAGUUAUAAUUUGAUGUAUUCUACCGUAACUGCUUGAAGACACCAGCAUGUCACAAAUGAUAUCGGUUCAAGAAAUCUUUGGAUUGGAAUUUUUUUUAAUUUGCUGAAAUUCCAAUGGGAUUAUUUUAAAUUGAAUUGCAUUUGUAAAUUCUACAUGCUUUAAAAGUUCACAAUAUCCAUAUAGAUAAAGGUGACAAUCAAGUAAUUCAACUAAUGAGUUACCUUACAUGUACACUAAUAAUUCUACAAUCAUUUGAAUACUGUAAGGCAUUUGUUAAUCUAUAUGAGGAAAGAGAAAUAAUACAACAAGAACCUAGACAAUCAUAUGCUUAUCAACACACAAAUUCCACAUAUGAUGUAGCCAAAGAAAUACUUCCAGUCAAAUUAUUGAUUAUCGCCUUAUAUUCCUGUAUCACAUUGAUGGGAGUCACAGGUAAUCUACUAGUUGUCUGGAUUGUACUACGUGUCAAACCAUUACAAACUAUUACAAAUAUAUUUAUUGCAAAUUUAGCUGUUUCAGACAUCUUAAUGAGUCUUGUGGCUACACCAUUCACUCCUCUCUCCCUAUACAUGAGCAAUUGGACACUACCUGAGGCUGUUUGCAAACUUCUACCUACUACAAUGGGUGUAUCAGUCUACGUGUCGACGUUGACAUCAAUGGCAAUAGCAUUGGAUCGAUUCUUUGUUAUUGUUCAUCCAUUUCUACCAAGAAUGAAAAUAUGGUUAUGCUUUAUUAUUAUAUUCACUGUAUGGAUAAUAGCUGUACUCAUUUCAAUGCCAUUAGCUGUUUACCAACAAAAGCAUAAAGAUCCAAUGAAUAAUGUAUCAAGUUGUCGAGAGAAUUGGCCUAAAGAAUCAUCACGUGAAGUAUUUACAAUUGUUAGUUUUGUAUUACAAUUUGUUGUACCAUGCAGUAUUAUCUCAGUGUGUUAUUUUCGUAUCAGCUUACUGCUACGCUCCCGAUUGCAUACACAAAUUGGUAGUGGGACAAAAACACAAAUGAAAGAGGAAAGAGAGAUUAAACGUAAACGUCGGACAAAUACAAUGUUGAUAGCAAUGGUUGUGAUAUUUGUCAUCUGUUGGAUACCAUUGAAUAUCUUAUGGAUGGUGAUGGAUGUACACAGUGAAGAACAUAUGAAUGAUGUACAAAGUUCUAAAAAUUUCAGUUUAAUCUUUUUUGUUUGUCAUCUGCUGGCAAUGAGUAGUGCUGUAUAUAAUCCAUUCCUGUAUGCAUGGAUGAAUAAUAAUUUUCGUAAAGAAUUUCAUCGUAUUGUACCGUGUUUCUUUUUAAAGCCAAGAUAUCAUUCGAAUCAAAUGACAACACAAACUUUGGGUGCUGAAUAUACAGCUGUACGCAUAAAUUAUCUGAAUUCCACUGUACAACCAUCGGUUUUAAUUAGAGUCAGUGAAGACAUGAAAGAUACCAGUCAUCAGAUAACAUCGAAUGAAUUAGGUGUUGAUCAACAGCAACACCAACAGCUGCAGCAACCCCAACCCCAACAGCAACAAGAUGGUGAGGAUAAUACUUUCGUUGAAUCUGUUGAUCAAGAAUCAAAAGAACAGGAAAAUAAGAUUCAAGUAGAGAGUAAAGUAGAAGAAACAAUAUGUCAUAACAAAUUAAAUAAUAAAAUAAUAAAUCAAGCAAAUACAGAUUCAGAAAAUCAAACUAAAAAACAUGAACAUAUUGAUAACAUUGAGCAUGUUAACUGUUCACAAACAUCUCUUCAUAAGACACCUGAUAAUUGAACACAUACACACACACAACACGGUAUAUAUAUAUACAUGUGUACAUGUAUGUGAUAUCUAUGAUGUAUUUCCUAUUGUUUUCUUAUCAACUGAACACAGAUUUUUCUGUUCACCGUAUAUUCUUAAUAGGUUUUAAUGAAAUAUUUUUGUGUUUCAAACUUCUGUGUUUCUUUUUUUUCUAACUGCGCGCUUAAUUCAUUUUUACAUUGUUGUUACUGUUGUUUGUUGUCGUUGUUGCUGUAUGCCACAGAAAAAUGUCUCCCUUAUGUGUGUAUGUAUGUGUACGUGUUUAUCCUUAUCA